AUGAUGCUGCAAAUGCAAGAAAAUGCAGAGCAAACUUUUAUCAACGAUAUUUUAGCUCAGGCUGGCUUUCGAUCGCGUAGCUUUGGAAAUGUGACACUUAGGCAAUCGAAUUCCUAUUAUACCGCAAAGUACAUUCGAGUGCCAGCUCACAUCAGAUCAGAACACAUUUACAAGUUAUUACACGAACACUGGCAAGUUUUACACCCUGCGCUUAUAAUAUCUAUCUUGGGGCAAUAUAAAGAUCAAGAUCAAUCCUAUUGGGGAAAUCGAUUGUGCCAGACAUUAAAUCAAGCAAUGCAAGAUUUUACUGUUCUUGUAAUUACUGAUGGCAUUAAUCACAGCUUAGUGAAUUCAGUAGGUAGGAUGUUUGCAAAGCAACGACUUCAGUCUUCUUACUGCAAAUCGUCGCUUUUGGGAAUUCCAAUCUGGCAACAAUUAAAAAAUGAUAAAGUUCUUAUUGGAAACAAUGAAAUAGGAAUGACAUCAGCUGUUUAUGAUAUAGAAGCCGACGCAAAUAGUGAUGAUCAAAGCAAUUACCUCGAACCUUUUCAUGAUUACUUAGUUAUGAUAGAUACAGCCAAUGCUGAUCAACAGGAUGAGGUGAGAGUUAUCGUUAUCAUGGGCACCAGGGAAGGAAAUGCAAUGAUUACAGAUGAUGAUAUUCAGGGCCUUAUUGCAAAAGAAUUUCAUCUUUCGGAUACCAAAAAUCCAUUAAUUCAAAAUUGCACCCAAAAUAUACUCGGUAUCCUGAGAAAAUCUUCUCAAGUAUACAUUAUUAAACCAGCUGAGAAUUUCGAGCAAAGGCUAUAUGAAAUAAUCUUUCAGGCUUAUGCGUAUGACAUGGUUGGGAAACUAAAGUUACAGAUCUUAUACAACAAACUUGAUCAAGCUCAAUUAGAUAAAGCGCUGUAUAAGUUGUGCUGUUCUACACAUCCGGUAGAUGAUUUCAUUAAGAAAACGGCUUUAAGUCGAGGUUGCAAAUCAUCGGUUUAUGCCUUACUCCAGAAUGGGCAGUUAACCUUAUUUUCAGCCAUGGAUUCAUUGCUUAAAUCAAAUACAGUUUCCGAUCAUGUCAUUGAUACAUUAUCCAGUUUAAUGGAUACUAUGGAUGCUGAUUUAAUACAAUAUCUUACGCUGAGACGGCUAGAAACUAUCUAUCAGAAGAAUUUAAAUAAUUUGUUAACUUUUAUUGGCUUGUAUGCUCAUGAUCGAGCUAUCCGUAGCAAUGAUAAUCUUCAUAAGCUUGAUGAUAGUCAGUUUCUGCAUAAAGUUGGUCUUCGUAUAGCAACGCUGCUAGGACAUGAUUAUCGUAAUCCAUAUGGUUGCCACGUUGAAACUCAAGGCAUUGAUAAUACAUUGAAUCUUCAGCUCCAGUGGCCUGUUCGAGAUCUUUUUUUGUGGUCUAUCCUUACUGGUCGUUAUAAUUUGUCAAUCGCUAUUUGGAAAAGAUUAGCCCAUCCUAUAGCAGCUGCUAUCGUCGCAAGUCGAUUACUUCAAUCACUUGAAAAUGACCUAACAGAAGAAUAUCCACAAUAUUGUCAGGAUUAUCCUCGAAAACUAAAAGCAAUUCAAAAGAUAACCAGAACCUACCAGAAUUUAGCAUUACAAGUUAUGGACGAAAUUUAUAGUAAACAUCCAAAACAUUCAGUAUUAGAUCUCCUACAAGAAUUACCAGAAUGGGGCCAUGUAUCGGUAUUCAGUCUCAUUUUUACAUCUCAAACAGCAGACGACCUAGUAGAACAUGAUUGCUACUAUAAUGCUCUAAAAUGGCAGUGGAAUGGGCAAUUAAUAAGUUACUUGAAGAGAAAAGAGCCUCAAAAUCGCCUUAAUGAUAGCGACGAAAGUACUGACCGUCCAUUUAUAUUCCGAAAUUGGUUUAUCGAAGUAGCGAGAAUCCUGUACGGGCUAGAUUUUAUCAUUUUCACUCUCAGGUUACUGCAAAUAUUCUGCAUCUGGCCUUCACAUGGACCUAAACUUCCAAUGAUUGGCAAAAUGCUAGGAGACUUGAUGUCUUUUUUGGCCAUUAUGCUGGUUUUUGUAAUUGGAUUCGGUGUUUGCUAUCAUGCUUUACUCUUCCCAACCUGGACUUCACCAAUAACAAUCGUGAAAAACAUACUAAUUGUUCCAUAUUAUCGAUUAUAUGGAGAAUUGUUUAUUAAUGAUCAAGGAGUAAUUGAGUGUCAAAAAAGGAAUUUCACCUCGUAUGCCUACUAUAAUUGCGAAGCUGUACAAGUUGUCGUUAAUGUUGUUGUUGUCAUUUAUUUGAUUAUAACCAUUAUUUUGCUGCUGAAUUUGCUGAUUGCUAUUAUGAGUAAGAGUUACGAACGAUUGCAAGAUGAGACGGAAAGAAUUUGGAAAUUUCAAUUUAAUGCCAUAGUGAGAGAAUUUUCCGGCAAAUCAAUCAUACUACCGCCAUUUAAUUUAUUGACUUUACCUGUACUUAUCCGCUCUUUCUGGAUGACAGUGAAUAGAAACGGCAAAACUGAUUGUUUACAAAAGUACAUGUACCAUAAUUUUAACACGAAUUUUGAUGAAAAAUCCAUAUUUGAUAUCCAAUCUAUGAUUAGAGAAUUAGCAGUUUUACGUGAUAGAAUGCUAUCGAUUAAGAAUAAUUCGUAUAUGAAAUACGAAGAUGAUUAUGAAACAAUCAUUCAGUCAUUAGAAGCUCAAUCACGCGAUAGAUUGAUACUUGGCCAUUCCUUGCAAAUUGAUUUAACUUUAAUAAAGGAUAUGUAG